AUGGAAAGAUUCGAAGUCAAGAUUAAGCAUAACCCUUCUCCCAAAACUCAAAAAGUUAUGUUAAUUUUUCAAAUUAUUUUGAGAAUUUUGGGAUUUGCUUUCUGUUUAGGUGCUGUUUGGAGAAUUAUGACUAGUAAACAAGUUCUCUUUCUUGGCCUUGAUGCCCGUUACACCUAUUCUCCUUCAAUGAAAUUUUUUGCAUAUGCAAAUAUCAUUGGAUGUACCUCAUCUGUUGUUUCUCUAUUUCUUGUUCUGAUUUGUUGUUAUAAAAAACAUCUUCACUCCAACAAGUACUUUUUUUACUUGUUCCUCCAUGAUUUGUUUGUGUUUGGAUUACUGGUGGCUGGAUGUGCAGCAGCAACAUCAAUAGGAUAUGUGGGUAAAUAUGGGCAAAAACAUUCUGGGUGGAAUCCUAUAUGUACUUUUGUUCCUAAAUUCUGUCACAAAGCAACACUCAGUCUAAUUUUAUCUUACAUUGCUAUUAUUUUCUACCUUUGCCUCACUAUUAUCUCAGCUAACCAAUCAAGACACAUUAUUAAGAAACCACCAAAAUCAUGGAUUAACAGCAGUAUGGACUAUUCCUCUCCAUCUGUGAGGAUUACUAGAGGUACGCCAUUCUUUGUCAAAGUUGUUGACAAUCCACCGUCAUUUUCAAUCGGAUUAACUCAAGAUUUUGGGUUCAAUGCAGGAUCUGUGGCAAAAGCUAAACAAGUUCAAGCUAGCGACAUUAAAAUUGUUGAAGGAGGAAGUAUGAGAAAAAUCGUAAACAGUGAUUCAGAGGACAUUGAAUCUGCUUCAUCAGAUCUGGAUAAACCUAAAGACCAUCAGGAACAUCAGGUGUUGGCUUAA